CAGUAUCCGGUAUUUAUGCCGCCCCAUGAGGCCCCUCUACGGCUCCAGGUCUGGAUCCGCCCCUGGUCCUUCCCUGUUCAGGAACACCCCGUCCAGCCUCCUCCAGAACCUCCUCCAGAACCUCCCAGCAGGUCUCCGUCUCUCCCCGGGACUCUCCAGCAGCGGCCCGCCGGCUGCAGUGACAGCGGACCAGGGUGCGACAUGAACGUGCCUCAGCUCAAUGAACUCCCGGACGCCGCGGAGCAGCUCAGGCCGUUUGUGAGCAGCCUGAGACGGGAGGCGCUGCAGGAGCUGACCGCCGUCCGGAGCCUCUCCGACGGAUUCCUGAUCAAGUUUCUGCGGGCCAGAGACUUCGACGUGGAGCUUUCUCUGAAGCUCCUGCUGAACUACCAGCGCUGGAGGAAGGAGAGUCCAGAGAUCAGCAGAUGUUUGUCUCCUUCGUCUGUCCUCGGCCUCCUCAACACUUCGUACCACAGCGUCCUCCCAGAGAGAGACCACACCGGCAGCAGGGUGCUUAUCUACAGGAUCGGGCAGUGGCACCCGAAAGACUGGUCGGCCUUUGAGGUGUUCAGGAUCAGUCUGAUGACAUCAGAGAUCAUCUCCAUGGAGACAGAAACACAAAGGCGGGGCCUGAAGGUCAUAUUUGACCUGCAAGGGUGGAGUUUAGGCCACGCCCUGCAGUUCAACCCUUCCCUCGCCAGAAAAAUAUCCUCCGUACUUUCGGACUCUUUUCCACUGAAAGUUAGAGGAAUCCAUCUGGUCAAUGAGCCGAUGUUCUUCCGUCCGGUCUUUGCUAUGAUUCGUCCCUUCCUGCCAGAUAAGAUCAAACAGAGGAUCCAUAUGCACGGUGCUGAUUUCUGCGAGACUUUAGGCGACUACUUCUCGUCGCAUGUCCUUCCUCCAGAAUAUGGAGGAGAGGCAGCUGAAAUAGAAGAGUUGUGUCAGGACUGGACCAAUCAACUGCUUCAAUCAGAGAACUUCCUACAGCAGGUUGCUGCUCAUCCAACCGGUGACAUCGCCAUAAAUCCUGAGGACGUCUUGAUCUAAGAGAAAGAGGAGACUGAACAGCUGACUGAAACAGGACGUUUGCAAGAUAACUCAUACUCAUGGAUGUUUGUAUUGUAACAUGCUCUCUGGCAGCCAUUUUUGAAGUCUCCUGAGUACUGACUGUAGAAGUUGUUGGCUGUGUGGAGAGAGCUGAAGAUCUAUGGGUAAUGUCUGUGCUACUUUCUAUCUUCCAGCACUGAUCCAUCUGAUUGACUUUGCGUUUACAUGAUGUUUCUUUUUUUUUUAGCUACGUUUCUCAUUCAAUCUCCAACCAUUGUUUGGAGUCGCAUCCUUUAACUGAAAUACAAACAUUUACGUAGAAAUUAGAUGAAGAGGUUAAUGGUCUUCUCUUGUCUGGCUGUUGUAGUUCUGAUCUGGAGUCUGGAUGCAGUUUAAGAUCAAGACUGGAAAUAGGGGGACACUUGGUCAACUUUGGUCUUGUUGGCAAAAAAGCGUAACUUCUUAAGUUCAGUCAGAUCCAUUGGUACUCAUUAUGUCCAAUUUCACAAGACCAAUAUGGUGACGAUUAAAGGCCAAACUCAAAGACUCCAGUUUACAAAUGGUAAAUAGGGAAUAACUUGGACACAGCCUUCAUCUUGGUUGUUUACCCAGCCCAUGAAAAGUUGUAAAACGAAUCACUUUUGAUGUUAGUGGGAAUAUUACUAACCAACUAUGGACACACUGCUACAAAGUGCUGAAGGGAUGGAAAUACUGUUAUUCAUCAAGACCUCCCACUGUAACUGGAAGUUUUCAUUUUUACAAGUUACACAACCACAAUGCACUGUGUUAAUUAGAAGCUUUGGCAGGUUUUUGUUGUUUUCCCUCCAGUUUUUAUGCUAAGCUAGGCUAACCACACCUCGACACCAGGUGUAAAGCAGAACUUACUGUGAAACAGAAGGAAAAUAUGAGCAUGUUUCCUACAACGUAAUGAAUGCAUUUACUGUAUUCAUGAAUUUUGAUUGUGUUACUGUCAGCAGCUUGGUCAGGCUAAGAAAACCGACUCAUCUCAAGUGUUUUGAACUAAACACAGGACAGUUAACUGUGUCGCCUCGUAGUUUCUAACUCUGAUCAAACAUGGAUCAAUGACAGUUUUUCAUCAGGUUUUUAACUUUUGCAGAUCCGUUGCUGAAUGUUGCUGUGUGGAUCUCACUUCAUGACAUAUUCCUUUCAGGGGUGUCAUUCAGCUGUUCUAUAGGAACAAAUAUUCUCUUUUUCACUUGAACCUCAGAGAUCCAAUCAACCAAUCAAUCCAGCUUUCUGUUUCCUCAUGAUUUAUCUCUGGUAUUCAUUUUACAAUUUUUUUUCAUCUAUGAGCUGAAAUUCUGUUUAGAAAUAAUGAUAGAAAAAUGUAAUAAGUCUCAUGUAUGGGGCUCUCUUUGGACCACAGCUGUGCUUACAGUACAUCCCAUAAACCCAGGUACUGUAACAAUGUGAAUUUUCUGUACAAACUAAGUUCAUAGUGAUUUUUUGACUAAUUGCUGUAAAGACUAGAAUACAGAACUUAUUUUUUUUAUUAUAAAUAUAAUUAUUUGCCCUUUAAAAAAAAUAAAAUGUAUUGACUGAAAAUUAACUGAAUGAAAAGUUCUGAAGUUGUCAUGUGGUGACUGCUUGUACUAAUUGGACCUAUGCAAUGUGAUACAAAUUAAUUUUAAGCACAAACAAUAUUUUUAAAAUUUGAAGCACAGAUCUGCACCUUUAUUAUUGUAAGUCUUUAAAUAAAUACACAGGCAAGAUUCAUACACAUUAACCGGCCAAUGACAUAAAGGGCUCAAAAUGUUGUCAAUAAAUUGUGUGUAGAACACAACAAGCUCGGA